CUCCUACAGAGUCGAGUACUGAGCUCGUCAUUGUCAGAGCCCAAGACCGUCAUGACAGACCUCGCGACACACCAGCUUCCCACGCUCGACCGCCUCGGCGUCUCCGAUCCAGGCGAUGGCGUCUCUGCUUCGUCCAUCGCGCAAGCAUGGCUCAACCAAUUCACCACCGCACUCGCCUCAUCCAGCCCCUCUGAUGCCGUCGCAAACCUUUUCAUCGAGGAUGGAUUCUGGAAGGACGUCCUCGCGCUUACAUGGGACUUUCGCACCUUUGGCGGGCACGCGAGCAUCAAGCGCCUGCUCGAUGCGCGGCUCGCCCCUGUUGGCGGCCUCAACAACGUGAAGCUGAUCGAGGAUGACCUGCGGAAGCCGGAGGUGCAGCGCAUGUUCCCGGACCUCGUUCUUCUCAGGCUGCUGUUCACCUUUGAGACAAACGUGGGCAAAGGAACGGCAAUUGUGAACCUCGUGCCGACGAAGGGAGGAGAGUGGAAGGCAUACAUGCUUUUAACGCAUUUGGAUGGAUUGAAGGACUACCCGGAGCAGGUCGGUGAGUUGCGUAACCAAAAGGCAGCACACGGCACCUGGGAAGCAAAGCGCGCGGCCGAGAGCGAAUUCAAGAACAAUGACCCAACCAUAGUCAUCGUUGGCGCGGGUCAUACUGGGCUAGAGAUCGCGGCACGCUUGAAAUAUCUGGGUGUCCGCGCGCUGGUGAUAGAGAAGAAUGGACGUGUUGGGGAUUCGUGGAGGAACAGAUACAAAGCACUCUGCUUGCAUGAUACCGUCUGGUAUAACACCAUGCCAUACUUACCAUUCCCUGCUACCUGGCCUGUAUUCAGCCCCGCAGGCAAGCUCGCCGACUGGCUCGAGGACUACGCCGACAUGCUUGAGCUGCCCGUUUGGACGUCGUCCCUGAUCAACAGCACAGCCUGGGACGACUCCAAGAAGACGUGGACCAUUGAGGUCACGAGGGGUAGCGAGUCUGAAAAGCGCGUGCUGAACGCGAAGCAUCUCGUGUUCGCGACGGGCUUUUCAGGCAAGCCCAAGCUUCCGAGCGUCCCGGGCCAGGACAAGUUCAAAGGCGAGAUUACUCAUUCAACCAACUUCACUUCUGCUGCAAACUACGUCGGCAAGAAGGCUGUCGUCGUUGGUGCAUGCAACUCGGGACACGACGUCGCCCAGGAUUUCCUUAAUCACAGUGUGAACGUCACAAUGUAUCAGCGCUCUUCGACGCUUGUCGUCAGCAGCAACGUGGUCCGCAUGGUUCUUGCAUCGUACAAGGAGGGCUAUCCCGUAGAGCUCGCAGACGUACUUGGUGAAGCGUUCCCUUACCCGCCGCUUGUAAGGCUCCAGCAACGCGUGACACCUUAUCUCAUGAACAACGUCGACAAGGAGCUUAUUGAGGGUCUGAACAAGGUCGGCUUCAAGACGAACAUGGGUCCGAUGGAUGCAGGAUUGUUCCCACUCCUAUUCGAGCGUGCGGGUGGCUAUUAUCUCGACACGGGCACGAGCAAGCACAUCAUCAGCGGUGAGAUCAAGCUCAAGAAUGGGAGCGAGAUCGCGGGUUACACUGAGAAGGGGCUCAAGCUGGAGGACGGGACAGAGCUCGAGGCUGACAUUAUCGUCUAUGGGACCGGGUACGGUGACCCGCGCGACGUGAUGCACGACAUCUGCCCUCCAGAGGUCGCAUCGAAGGUGCAUAAAGUGUGGGGCUUGGAUAACGAGGGAAAUUUGAGUGGCAUCUGGCGCCCGUGCGGGCAGGAGAACAUGUGGUUCGGGGUGGGUAAUUUGGCGCUGUCGAGGUUCCAUAGUCUGCAUCUCGCUCUCCAAAUCAAGGCGAUUGAGGAGGGACUUGUGAAGUGGGAUGAAGUGAAGCUUUGACUCGGAACAAACGUUUCGUCAUUAACUAAAAAUUGUACAGUAUGAUAAAGCUGUGACUUUUUGAUGUAAAAUAAUCGGUAAAAUCGGAGGCGUUUUCUGACCCAGC